UCUAUGUAUAUAUAAAUAACCAUGAACAUACAUUGACAUAAUAAUUAUUAAUCUCCAGGCAUUUUUGCCUGCCUUUGUCUCUCCUCCAUUUCCCAUUUUUCCAGCUUUCAAGUUUCCCGCUCUCUUUUUCUUCAUGUUAUUUCCUUUUCAUUUUACCGGAAAGUAAAAGGGAAAGAAAAUGAAUAGUACCAGAGCCCGCAGCACCAGUCUUCAGGCCAUGAAAGCUGCUUCAAAUCAUGAUAAAAAGGAGAAGAUGGAGACCCGGAUCAUUGGCAGAGUCAUGCGUUCUGAGAAAACAGUGGCGAAUAGGCGUCGAUCAAACAGGGAAAGGAAAAUGGCCUUGCUUCAAGAUGUUGAUAAGUUGAAGAAGAAGCUUAGACAUGAAGAGAAUGUUCAUAGAGCAUUAGAAAGAGCUUUUACUAGACCUCUAGGAGCCUUACCUCGUCUUCCUCCUUAUCUUCCUUCAUAUACAUUAGAACUUCUUGCUGAAGUGGCUGUGUUAGAAGAGGAGGUCGUUAGGCUUGAAGAACAGGUUGUGAAUUUUAGGCAAGGUUUGUAUCAAGAAGCCGUGUAUGUGUCAUCCAAGAGGAAUGUGGAAACUUCGAAUGAUUCGAUGGACCAAACUCCGGUGAAAAUCACUAAACAUCAACGGUCGAAAUCUUUGCCCCAAUUCGAGCUUAAUUCCGCAACUAGUUCAUCAGCCACAAAGUCUCAACCUUCUCUUGCUAGAACUACUUCGAGUAGAAGGCUACUUCCCAGUGAUGCAAUCUCAGUCAGAACUGGGAAUUGUUCCACUAGACAAGUUAAUGGAAGACAAACUCCGAGAAAACCCGAGACAUCUUCUUCGCCCUCUGAAGAUUCACGGGGAAAAGAGAAUCGGUUGUGGACAAAUUUCGUCAAGGCGUCCCCUGAAAAGAAAAAUUCCAAAGUGGUGACUCCAUUGAAGAAACCUCCAAUCAAGCAUGAACAAAAGGACAAGACCCCAGAUUCGUUGAAAGUACAGCUAGAAAGCAGACUGGUAGACCAUGAAAGAGCACAGGAGAGUUGUUCUGGAUCACCGGAUAGCAAAGUACUUGAAGCUGAUUGCUCACCUAAUAAAGUCUCUGAGGAUAUUGUCAAGUGCUUGUCAAACAUUUUGCUGAGAAUGAGUACAUUAAAGGAUAGAGAGACAGAGUUUCGAGAUCCUUACGGAAUAUGCUUGGAGUUCAGAAAUGCAGAUAUUGGCCCUUACAAGCAUCUAUGUGCUAUUGAUGCUACUUCAAUUGAUAUCAGCCGUACAACAAGUGCAUUGUUUCUGAUGCACAGACUCAAGUUCCUACUCGGAAAGCUUGCCUCUGUGAAUUUGGAGAGUCUUAACCAUCAGCAGAAGCUUGCAUUUUGGAUUAACAUUUAUAAUUCUUGCAUGAUGAAUGCAUUUCUAGAGCAUGGUGUACCAGAGACCCCAGAAAUGGUUGUAUCACUAAUGCAAAAGGCAACAAUAACUGUGGGGGGACACUUGCUGAACGCAAUUACGAUUGAGCAUUUCAUCUUGAGACUGCCUUACCACUUGAAAUUUACCUGUCCAAAAGCUGCGAAAAACGACGAAAUGAGAGCUCGAACCAUAUUUGGAUUGGAGUGGUCUGAGCCGUUGGUCACAUUCGCCCUCUCUUGUGGAAGUUGGUCCUCUCCUGCUGUGAGGGUGUACUCGGCUUCUCAAGUUGAGGAAGAGUUGGAAGCAGCAAAAAGGGACUAUCUACAGGCCACAGUUGGUAUCUCAAGGACAAACAAACUAAUAAUACCAAAACUAUUGGAUUGGUAUCUCCUUGACUUUGCAAAAGAUACGGAAUCAUUGCUUGAUUGGGUGUGCCUUCAACUGCCCAAAGAAGUCAGAAAUGAAGCAGUUAAAUGCCUUGAGAGAAGGGGAAGACAGCCUCUUUCACAGGUGGCACAAACAAUGCCAUAUGACUUCAGCUUCAGGUUGCUAUUACGCCGCUGAAAAAUCUCUUCCAAUCUUUUCUCAUCCUCACUUUCCAUGGCUGUGAACUUUGGAUGCAAUCUUUUUCGCAUACUAGUGUAUAUUUCGACACGAUAAAAAGUACAUAAUCCAGCUCUUUUGAGCAUCUGUGGGCAGUGUUCAUCUCCCAAAAUUGGUUUUGAUGAUUGGUUUGUGAACAUAUAUGGAUUAGGGGAAUAAACGUACUUUGAGGAUGCCAAUGUCUUUCACUUGAAUGAUUUGUAAGACAUUGUAGCUUUUGAAUC